CGUCGGUGUAUGGGGAUAUAUGGACUGCCCCUUAGAAUAAUAAGUGUAUUGGCAAUACAACAUACACCAACGCCAUGACACUUUCUGUUAUCAAAUAUUGCUGGCUCGUUUAUGGCUAACUUCAUACACGUAAAAAUCUUGACAUAAAUACUGUAAAUAUUUAUUUAUUAUUAAAUCUAUGCUUUGUAAUGUAUUACAAUUUUUAAAUUUAUCACAAUACAACGGGUAAAUAAAAAAUCUAAUUUAUUAAUAAAAAAUUUUAAAAGUACAGGGCUACUGUUUAAUUUUUUGUAGUUAAAAAAACCGUCUUUCAUUAAUAAAUUUAAAUAAUAUCGCAUUGAAUCUAAAACGUUAUGGCUGAAGAACAUAAACGCCGAAGAUCUAGUUUUUUUCCAAAGCCAGUUGAAGAAUCCAAUGAUGAUCGUUUAGAAUUAUUUCGAAAUAUGCUUUGGGUUGAUAAAGAAAAAGAAAAUAUAAUUUCAAAAUCAAAAUUGUUAGGAGGUUCUUCCAAAAAAGACAUUAAAGAGUAUACUGAAAAAUUUAAGUGUAAAAAAAAAGAAUUUCCAAAACUGAUUUCCAAUAAACAAGAAGAAAGAUUUAAUUUAAAAGAAAAAUUACGUAAUGUGAAAUUGGAGUUCGAUUGGGAAACUGCCAGUGAAGGAUUAACAAGUUAUGAACGAGAUUUUGCAAAUGAUCGUCCUGAUUACAAGUACUUGGUUGAAAAAGUUCAAACUCUAACGUUACAUAAUGCUUUAAUGAAAAGAUCCAAUUUUGAAUUGCACAGUAUUUUAAAAGCAUAUAACAGACUCGCUAAUGAAGAAGUACAAAAGUUACAAUCAAGUUUUAUUGAUAAAAUCGUUGAAGAUAGCGGUGUUUGUAUUUCAUAUUACAAUAGUGAUUCAUCUGAAAUGUCUAAUGCUGAAUAGACGUUAAAAUUUUAAAUUAAUUUUAAACAAAACGAUAAUACAUUUUUUUUUUUAAGUCUAGUACAUAUUUGAUUUUUGAGUUAAUAAGUGAAUAAAUCCUAAUAUAAAACAUAUUAUUUCAAAUAUUAUUUCAAUAUAACCAAUGAUAACUUCUAAAAAAAUUACAUAAGUUUGCCAUUGAAUUAAAUGUAGUGUGCCCAAAACUGUUGCUAUGUUGAGUGUAGAUGAAAUCACUAUCGACGAAGCUGUAUCGGUGAGAUUACCUUUAGAACCUAAGGCCAUACGACUUGUCUGAACUGGAUAUAAUAAUACAACAAUGAACCAUUCUAUAGCCAACGUUCUUCUUGGAUAAGGUAAUUUAUACGUUUUUAAAAUAUUAACUACAAUUUCAAUUGUAUAAUACAGUAAAAAAUAAUAACGAUUAAAGUAAAGUAAAACUUGGUAUUGUAACGAUGGUGCCAUAAUAAAUAUAAUAGUAAUAUAUUUUUAUUAUACUAUAUAGCUUAUAAAAAAACAAAUGUAGACAAUUAAAAAAAUGUUUUGUUUGCACAUAUUUGGUAACUAGGUAACCAAUGUAUUUGUAAUACAAAAUAAUGCUUUGUACAACUGUCAAUACAUUAAUGAUGAUAAUAGUUUCUUAAAACCUCAUAAUUAGUAGGUUUAACUAUUGGUCUUUAUUUUUAAGGUUGAUAUUAAAAUAAAAAAUAUAUGAUUUAUUUGUUCUUUCCUAUUUUUAAUCAUUAAUAUGAUGGGAUAUUUUCUUAUGUAAU